AUGAGAUUGUUCUUAGUGCUAACCCUGGCCAUAAUGGUCUGUGCCUCUGUGCUCGCAGCUGAAAGUACAACGGAGGUCUCUUAUAAUGAUGAUGACUACUACUACGACUCUUCCGAGGACUACUAUCAGGAUGAAGACGACACUUCAGCUCAAACUGGUACUGACGGGAAUCCUAUCAGCGACUCGGAAGUGAGCACUGAAAGCUCUGACAGCAGCGCAUCAGAAGACAGCUCGAUAGAGGAAUCGGGAGAAAGUUCGGAAGAUGAUACUUCCACGGAAACGAGUGAUGGAUCAAGUGAAGUUACCCCCGCUCCAGUAGCCACCCCGACGACAAAGCCAGCCACCCAGAAGCCUGCCGUCGGUAAAAAGAACAACAAGAACAACAAGCGUCGUAGGCGAACCACCGCAGCGCCCAAGAGACGCACCACAGUGACACCGAAGCGAGUGGCACCAAAGCCAGUGGCGGCACCGAAGCGCCAGACAGUUGCCCCACCCAUCAAGAAGCAGACCUCGACACCUGUGGCAGCCAAAAAGCGUGCCACCGUGGCAGCAAACAAACGUAAGCAGAGGUCGGGUUAA